UUCAAUAGGAAGUGUCGCGUAAAGAGCUUGUCAAGUGUUCACCGCAUGUACAUGUAAAUUAGUCAAAGUGCCGUGUCCAAAACAAAUGGAUUUGGCUUUGCUGGUAGAGCAGGUGUCGAUAGUAUGCCCCGACAUAUCAAGAGUAGACAUUGAAAGGGAUUUGGUGGUGACAAGAGACGUUCAGGAGACUGUCAAUCGAAUCUUCGAGGGCAACUUUUUAGUUGGUGCAGCAUCACAUCUAGAAGAGCAACCCUGCACCAGUGGACAGUUUUCAACUGAAUGCAGCAACACCCCACCUGAUACAGGGGAGGUUCCACUCCACGAAUCACCAGAUGACUCACCGAACAGUGAUCAAGAGAAACAUACUGACAGACCGACAUAUUGGCAUGAUUCAGGAAGUGAAAGGGGUGCCCGCACCUGUUCCGAAAAGCAUACAGAUUCCGAUGACGCCAGUGACUGCAGUGACCUCCCAGACUUUAGAGUCCUUGAGAAAGUAAAGCAGCCAUUUCCAAGAAGUUUUGAUGAAGCGGCAAUCUCUUGCUCUGCAUCUCCCAGUUUUGAAGCUACUUAUGAUUUGACUUCGUCCAGUCCUUCAUCGCCAUCAACUCUCAACAUUGACACUGGUAACGACGAAAAGAAUCCUCCUACAAUCCAGGCAAGCGCAGUUUCAAACCAAGCUGGAGUAUUGUUGGAAAACAGCUCCAUUGAAGGAAACGCUGUCUUAGCCGAUUACUCGACUAAGAAGCAACUUCACAGGAGCCGGAGUUCCGAAAUCCCUGAUAUUGAUUCCAACAUCGAAUGCAUUGAAAUCCUCGAAUCUGCAGAGCCUCCUCAUCCAGGCAGCUGUCACUCGGGGAAUGAGACGAUGGAUGUUGACAGUGUCGCUGGAGGAUGCAGUCCCCUGUCAAUUUCGAGCAGCGAGGACGAGGAGGAAGGCAUUACCCUGUCAUUGCUUCACCGAAUACGCAGCAAGCGGGCCAACAAUCAUCAAAUUGAACCAGAAAACUACGCUUCCUCCAGUUCAACCAGUUACCUUCAAGGCAGCAAGUCAAACAGAGAUGUGGCAGGUAGCAGAAAUGAUAGCCAUAGCUGCAAAGACGCCGACAGAAGUGCUACAAAUCUUUGGCACGAUAAAAGGAAAAGAGAGGCUUGUAUUACCAACACUAAUGUUUGUAAACGCUACCAUGACAUUUCAGAUGAUGAGGAUGAUGUCUCCAUGGGAACAAUGUACUCGUCCUCUUGUCCUGUCAGUGAAACCAGUUUACCGAAAUCGGGACACUCUGCUUCAAGAAGGCAAGAUGACGGGCGACCACUUCUAUCUCUUCAGGGUUCAUACAGCAGCACUGGGACGCUAUCGCAGGAGAGUAGCUGUGACAUUGUUCCUGCUAGAAAAAAAGCCAAAAGAAGUCCGGAAGAGAUAGCAGCUACCAAGCAGCUGGCAUUGGAAAGACGAGCUCGAAAAGAGCAGGAGAAGCAGGAGAAACUGAGACUGCAGCAGGAGAAGAAGCAGCAGAAGCAACGAGAGGCACAGGUGCAGAAGGCUCUUCGAGAAGCUCACAAAGCGGACAAGCCUGAGGAGUGCUUGAAGUAUGUGACUGUCAUGAUUGACCCAUCACUCCUAGAGGAUGCAGGAGGCGCUGCCUUGCUGACCAGACUGCAGGAACUCAACAGCAAAACGACCAUCGAGUCUCAGCCCAUCCCCGGGUGCCUCAUGUGGAAGAGACAAGUAAUGCAGCACAAUCUGGGCGACGACCUGCAGUUGCAGACUCUACAACGUGAGAAGGAGGAAUUUGAAGCACUCGUUGCCCUUCCCGUGUCCAACUUUGUUGAAUUGGUGCACACGUUCAAACAGGAGCAGCAAGGGACUUUCUGCACAGGUCAAGAGUCGUUGCGGACUUAUGCCAGAAACGUACGGCAAAUACUGCAGGGAAAAGCAGUCACGUUCAUCAUUCAAGGACUGGAAAAGUACUUCAGAUUACAGAAAAAUUCCCGGCAGCGCAACUUCCGGUCAGCCGUGCUCGGCAGUGAGCCGACAGAGAACACGGCCAAGGCACGUCGCAAGAAGCGACCCAUUGAAGACAUCACCACUGUGGUGACCAGGGUAGAUGUGGAAGAGGCAUUGGUGGACCUACAGCUGCAUGUAGGGUGCAAUGUGCGCUUUGUGGAGACGCCAGCGGAAGUGGCUGAUAUGGUUGCCAUGUUCACCAAGUCUGUGGCGGAAACACCAUUCAAGAGAGAACGAGACAAGGCCACCUUCUCCUUCCAUGUCGACACUGAGUGGGCGGGGGGUGUCAAAGUCAAGAAGGACGGCCAGGGACUGCGGAGAGUCUGGCGGCAGCAGCUGCAGCAGUUCCGCAAUGUCAGCCCAGAAAUUGCCUCUUCUGUCAUUGCUGUCUACCCCUCACCGCGGCUCCUCCUGCAGGCGUAUUCCAGAUGCGAGUCUGAGCAGGAAGCAAGAAAGCUACUACAAGACAUUGUGGUCAGAAGAGGAGAAGGUGUGCUUGCUACAACACGGCGGAUAGGCCCUGAGUUGUCCAAAAGAAUCCAUACUCUUAUGACUUCAAGACAGCCGGAUCUUGAUCUGUAGUGUUCAAGAACACAGACGGUAGGUUCAGAUGUAUCCGUAGUCAUGAUACCGAGACAACUAGAUCUUGACAUGUUGCUCGUAAGAUCAGACAGCAGGUCUGCCAUUGUCCAGCUGAAAAUCAGGGUGACUAAAUUCAGACUUGUGGCAUUCAGCAACAUAACAGGCCCACAACGAUCCAAGAGAAUUUGGCUUUAUUACAUCAACACAACCAGACUUGGGUCUGUUGUUUCCAAGACCAGAGGGCAGGCCCAAAAGGAUCGUGUGAACUCAAACUGUGCAAGCUGUUAAACCUAAUGUGGUAGUGCUCUUCACCAAGAGGUUUCAAUCAUGUUAAUGUCUAACUUUAAUUACCUUAACCACACGCUGCCGGGUGGUUUGAAAAAUGCAGUGCACACAUACGGGCGAAUUUCAAGAUUUUCAGUUUUCAAAAA